AUGGGUGUUCUUUCUUUAUUCUGCUGUUCGGAUACUAGUGAAGAGUCCUCAGACAGAAGAUCUCAACAACCAGUCAAUGGACAAAAUCGUCAACAACAAAACAAAGAUAUAUCAAGAACUAGCAACACAUCCCUCAACAAGCAAAAACCACAACAUUCUAAAGCUAAUGGUACGAGUAUGCAUCACCCCACUACAGCCACUGAUUUGCCCAUCGACAAGAAGGAGCACCUUGUUUCAAAUGGCAACACAAUAAGCCACGCCUCUGCCGCAAAACUAAACGGUGAUAAGAAGGAGAUUACCGAUGACGAUGAAUCUACUAUUGAGCCUUCAAGCAACAACCGUCGAGUAAGCGCUGGUGAUAUAAUAGCCCAGGCUAGUCCCAAUGAACAGCCAAUUCCAACCCCAAAUGAACAACCUCACCCGCAACCAAUGGACAACGACGACGACGACGACGAUGAUGAUGAUGAUGAUGAAAUAGACACAGAUAUCGACGACUUUGACGACAUCCACUCCAAUGCCGUCCUCGACUUGAAACGACUUCAAACUGGCCAAGCACAUGACCCAGAGACUGGUUGUCUCUUGGGUCCAUCCACAACCGAAAAGAAAUGUCUUGUACUUGACUUGGACGAAACACUCGUGCAUUCUUCCUUCAAAUACUUACGGAGUGCAGAUUUUGUGAUUCCUGUUGAAAUUGAUGGUCAAGUACACCAUGUGUAUGUGAUCAAGAGACCUGGGGUUGAUGAAUUUCUAGAAAAAGUUGGCAAAUUGUACGAAGUUGUUGUCUUCACUGCUUCUGUCGCCAAGUACGGAGACCCGUUACUAAAUAAAUUGGAUUUUUCCAAGUCGGUUUACCAUAGACUAUAUCGAGACUCAUGUUACAACUACCAAGGGAACUUCAUAAAGAACUUGUCGCAAUUGGGGAGGAAAUUGCAGGACACGAUAAUUAUUGAUAAUCUGCCGCAGUCGUAUCUAUUCCAUCCUUCCAAUGCCGUGCCGAUAAGUAGUUGGUUUAGCGAUUCCCAUGAUAAUGAGUUGUUGGAUUUGCUACCAUUUUUAGAGGAUUUGAGCAAACCCAAUGUCGAUGAUGUAGAGUUGGUUUUAGAUACUAGUUUAUAA